CCCUCUCGGUGUCCAGAGGAGACGGCGCACACAGACGGCUCCAGUGCGAAGACACAUUCAGAGAGGACAGGAAUAAGAAAUAAAAAAAGUUAAACAUUCUUCUGGCAUCAUGACGCUGCGGGACGAGCUUUUAAAGUCUAUAUGGCACGCGUUCACAGCUCUGGAUGUGGACAAAAGCGGGAAAGUCUCCAAAUCUCAGCUCAAAGUGCUUUCUCAUAACUUGUGUACGGUGUUGGGGAUCCCACACGACCCGGUGGCGCUGGAGGAACAUUUUAAGGACGAUGACGAGGGUCCUGUUUCCAAUCAGGGGUACAUGCCGUACCUCAACAAGUUCAUCCUGGAUAAGGCGAAGGAUAACUUUGACCGCCAGGAGUUCAAUAAAAUGUGCUGGACGUUGUGCUUUAGGAAGAACCUGGGUCAGAAACAGCUCGUCAUCUCCAACGACGACGCCUUCAAGAUAUGGUGCAUAUUCAACUUCCUGUCUGAGGACAGAUACCCGCUGAUCAUCGUCACGGAGGAGAUCGAGUAUUUCUUGCGUAAGCUGACGGAGGCGAUGGGAGGAAGCUGGGUGGAGGAGCGCUUCGAGGACCUGAAGCUGGAGCUGAGCUCCAAGCAGCAGUGUCUGAAUGUGUGGGAGCUGAUCACGCUGGUGGGCUCAGGCCAGUUCAGCAAGGGCAUGGACCAGCAGACGCUGUCCAUGGGCAUCAGCGAGGUCUACCAGGAACUCAUCCUGGAUGUCCUCAAACAGGGAUAUAUGAUGAAGAAAGGCCACAAGAGGAAGAACUGGACAGAGCGCUGGUUUGUGCUGAAGCCCGGCUUCAUUUCGUAUUAUGUGGGCGAGGACCUGGCAGAGAAGAAAGGAGACAUCCCAUUGGACGGAUCCUGCAGUGUGGAGUCCUUACAAGACAAAGAGGGAAAGAAGUGCCUCUUCCUCAUCAAGUCGUCUCAAAAAAGCUUCGAAAUCAGCGCAUCGGACAAGAAGAAGAAGCAGGAGUGGAUCCAGGCGAUUCAGAUGUGUGUGAAUCUGCUGCGUCAGAGCCGGCCCGCGCCGCACCACGAAGCCCGGCAGAAGCGGCGAGACCUGCGGCUCAGGCAGCAGGCGGAGCAGGAGGAGCUGGAGCUCAGGAUGAGGGAGCUGCAGACGGCAAACGAGGCCAAGCAGUCUGAGCUGGAGAACAUGAGGAAGGCUCUGGAGGAGGCAGCAGCGAAAGCAGCAGAGGAAGAGAAAAAACGCCUUCUGACUCACACCGAACUUCAGGACCGCUACAGGACGGAGCUUGAGAGAGAAAAAAUGGUACGGCAGCAGAUGGAGGAGCAGGUGGCCCAGAAGUCCUCUGAGCUGGAGCAGUAUCUGCAGAGGGUCCAGGAGCUGGAGGACAUGUACCAUAAGCUAGAGGAGGCUUUGGAGGAGGAGAGGCGGGCCAGGCAGGAUGAGGAAACCGUCCGUAAGCUGCAGGCACGGUUGCUGGAAGAGGAGGCUGAGAAGCGAGCCGAGCUGGAGCAGAUCCACCUGCGUCAGCAGCGGGCCAUCUCUGAGACCGAGGCAGAGAAACAGGAGCUGGAGAAGGAGCGGCGGGCCAAGGAGAGCGCCCUGCAGGCCGCCAUGAAACAACUGGAAGAGCUGGAGCAGGAGAGGCAAGGAGCACUGGAGCAAUACCAGACGGUGAUGAAAAAGCUGGAAGAUGCAACUAACAACACCAAGUCAUGGAAGCACAAAGUGGCCCAGCAUGAAGGGAUGCUGCGGCUCAUCCAACCAGGCUCUAAGGGGCCACAGAAGAUCACCAACUGGGGCCCGGCAGCCUUCUCUGACGUAGAGCUCAGCCUGCGGGAGAAGCAGUGGCAGGAGAUGAAGAACCAAGCCGCUCAGGCUCAGUGAAGCUGCCGUGAGAACUCGGCCUCAAACUGGUCACUAACGCAGAAGGCUGGUUAGACGUGUUCAGUAAAACAAACCUGUAGUGACUGAAAUCAAACCUGGUGACUGGAUUUUCCAACCGGACACAAAUACCUGGUUUACUAGCAAACUGAGGCAUUUUUAAAUUAGGGCAUUGAUUAACUGAUUAGUUUGGAUCCUUUAAAUGAAUCUUUAGUGUUGUCCAGCAAUAGACUAACCAGCCGUACUGUCAGUGUACAACACUAAAGACCAGAGCUGUAGUUUAAACAUGAUUCACCAAGUUUAGCUUGAAUCCAGUGAAGAAUCCAGACGUCUGUGACAGCGGUGAGGAAACACUGGAACACAGACAGUCACAGGGUCUAGUUAAAGGCUGUAAAUACAGCAGAGCUGGUAUGUUAAUGCUGUAGAUAUGAAGUCAUUAAUCUAAGACAUUGUCACAAAAACACAAUACAAAACUGCAUCGUCCUGCUCUUCAGUUUCUUCUAGUGAUUUAUUCUGAUCCGUUGUCCUACGCAGAAACAGGACAA